AUGGGCUCGGUUUUCCCCGCCGAAGCUCUAAGGAUGAAGUCCGGCUUCAAGUCUCCAAAUCUGUCUCUGUGCGAAAUCAUCACCUCGGAUGUCCUGCACAGUUUUCUGUACGGGCGAUGGAGGAACGUGCUUGGAGAACAGCCUCAGCCUCAUCCUUCUCAACCUCACCACCAACAGCACCAUCAUCAUCAUCAUUUUCAUCAAGUCUCCGAAGGGAAGCCGCAGCAUCCCAUCAGCAAAACCGCGUUCACCGCUGAGGUCCUGGCGCAGUCCUUCUCUGGAGAGGUUCAGAAGUUGUCCAGCUUGGUGCUUCCUAAUGAGGUGAUCAUCGCUCAGAGCUCCAUCCCUGGGGAAGGCCUGGGCAUCUUUUCCAAGACGUGGAUCAAAGCUGGGACUGAGAUGGGUCCAUUCACAGGUCGUGUUCUCUAUCCCCAGCAUGUGGACCUGCUUAAGAACAACAACCUGAUGUGGGAGGUGUUUAAUGAAGAUGGGACGGUGCGCUGCUUCAUAGAUGCCAGUCAGGAGGACCAACGCAGCUGGAUGACUUACAUCAAGUGUGCAAGGAACGAGCAGGAGCAGAACCUGGAGGUGGUGCAGAUUGGCAGCAGCAUCUUCUACAAGGCUGUGGAGACUAUUCCUCCUGACCAAGAGUUGCUCGUUUGGUAUGGGAAUUCACAUAACACUUUUCUGGGAAUUCCUGGUGUUCCGGGCAUUGAGGAUGAGCAUCAGAAAAGAAACAGGCAUGAUGAUUCCCACUCAAGCGACAGCAAUUCCUCAACCUCUCCCUCGUCCACUUCCUCGUCUGCGUCCAGCCGCAUGCGCUGCGUCAUUUGUCACCGUGGCUUCAACUCGCGCAGUAAUCUGCGCUCUCACAUGCGCAUCCACACGCUGGACAAACCCUUCGCAUGCCGCUUCUGCAACCGCCGCUUCAGCCAGUCGUCCACGUUGCGCAACCACGUGCGCCUGCACACCGGCGAGCGCCCCUACAAGUGCCACGUGUGCCAGAGCGCCUACUCGCAGCUGGCAGGACUCCGUGCGCACCAGAAGAGCGCCAGACACCGGCCAGCAGGCACCAGUACAGAACCCAGACAGCCAUCUCCUGCCUCUCCAUCAGAGAUGGCCUCCAUGGCGCAGACGGUGCCCCUGGUGCACCACAUAGCCACCAUGGUGCUCUGAGGAGUGCAGAAACUGGA